AUGCUUCCAGCUCUAGCUAAAAUUCCUUCUUCCCAUAACACUAGUCCCCAAUUAAGGCCCCAGGGGUCGACAUCCCCUCCUGCCCGGCCCCUCAGGCCACAUGAGGAGGCAGAGACAACCAGUGGCAUCAUAUCAGAUUUUCUUUUGCGGGGGUGGGGGGAGGGCGGCGGGUGGGGGGGGGGCAAAGAUUUAAAACUUAUGAAUGGAGCGUUAUCGGCCGUCCCUUUCCUCUGCCGCUACAUCGGAGGCAUUUUAUGGAGCUCUUUCUCGGCCUGGCUCAUCAAUAGGAGCUAUCUGACGGUUAGGAUGACGAGAAGGAUAUUUGGAGCUAUAUCGCUGUGGGGUCCAGGGGCUAUGAUUCUGGGGGUGUCUUUUGCGGGGUGCGAUGCCAAACUAGCCAUUACUCUGCUCUGCCUGGCGCUCUUCCUCAACGGCGCCACAACCACCAGCGGUCUCGUCAACCACACCGACAUCGCGCCGAACUUCGCAGCAAACCCUCGAGGCGUGGCAACGGGUGUUUUGGAUAUGCGUCCCAAUUUACUUCCUGACAGCCAUAUUCUUCAUCAUUCUUCGUCUUCGACCGAUGGUCGCCAGCCCUGGAACGACGUCGAUUCCAUGGAGUCUUCGUCGCUGAGAGUGCUAAGUCUUCCAGGGAUACGAAAGGAGCCGUUGAGAAGGUUCUUGUGA